GCUUUGACACCUGCAUUUAUUGAUUAAUAAAGGUUCAUCUUAUCUUAUCUUUAUCUUAUCUUACUGCGUUUCGUGCAGUAGAGUUCAAUCUACAUGAAUAAAUGAUGAUGCCUUGCCUGUGAGAGCCUGUGAGAUAGAGGCUGGGAGGCAGGCUCUGCAUCUGUCUAUGCACACAAAUGGUCUCUGUGCAGCUCGGAGCGCACUGAUUACCAUUCCGAGCACAGCACCUCUGGUCAGAAAUGGAGCCGGGUCGGUGGUUGACAGUAUAGUCCGGGGGCAGCAGGAGGAGGAGGAGGAGGAAGAGGAGGGAGGUGCGUGUAUUAUGGCAGCCACCCUUCAGUCAAUCUGGAUUAACUCGCACUGAGCCUCUCUGCGUCGCCAGCGAAAGCCCGUUGAAAGCGAUCCGAACAUCUGGCUGCAUUCAGUCAGUCACAGCAGCAGCAGCAGCAGCAGCAGCAGCAGCGCUGUAGAUAUUAAAGCAGCCUGUUCUCUGUCGCUGCUUUUAAAGGCGUUUUCUCUUCUGGAGGUGCACAACGGAGCGGAUGCGCAGUAUAAGACGCAGAUCCACGCACAGCUGCUGCAGCCACACCGGGACGCUUUGGGGGUUUUUCCUGUAUUUUUUUUUUUCUUUCACUAAAGGAAAGGAACAUAUCUCCUUGUGUUGAAGGGAUCGGAAAAAAAGGAGUCGUCCUUUUACAUGCUUGGUCAUGGAUUUCUUGAAGGGCAUCGCUGCUGGUUUCGCAGGCCGUCACAUGUUAUUAUAGGAGCCGAGGCGCGUGUUUUCGGGACACCUGAAAUAUCUCCCCUCGAGUCCCAUUUUUAUUCCCAUCACAAUGCUCUCAGCUCAUCCUGGGAGGAAAUAAAAGCUCCAACUCCAUCCUCUGGCUCGGCUUGAUGUUUCAUCUGCAAGGUGUAUUAACCUGACUGAAAAGCCAAAUGGAGUCUCUCCUGGUUUAUCUCAUAGUCCUCGGUGUGGCUGUGAAGGCCCACAAAGUUCAGGUCUGCCCCAAGCGCUGCGUCUGCCAAGUGCUCAACCCCAACCUGGCGACUCUGUGCGACAAAAAGGGGCUCCUCUUUGUGCCCCCGAACAUCGACCGGCACACGGUGGAGAUGCGUCUCGGGGAUAACUUUGUAACUACUAUCAAGCGCAAAGAUUUCGCCAACAUGACCAAGCUGGUGGAUCUGACCCUCUCCCGGAACACCAUCGGCUCCAUCGCGCCCCUCGCUUUCAAAGACCUGGAGAACCUACGAGCCCUCCACCUCGACAGCAACCGGCUCUCCCGCAUCAUCAACGACACCUUCAGCGGCAUGUCCAAGCUGCACCACCUCAUCCUCAACAACAACCAGCUCAUGCACAUCCAGAUCGGGGCCUUCAACGAUCUGACGGCGCUGGAGGAGCUGGACUUAUCCUACAACAACUUAGAGAGUGCGCCGUGGGUGGCCAUUCAGAGGAUGUCCAGCCUCCACACUCUCAAUUUGGACCACAACAUGCUCAGCUACAUCCCAGAGGGCACUUUCUCUGGGCUGCAGAAGCUCAAGAGGCUGGACGUGACUUCCAACAAGCUCCAGAAGCUUCCUCCUGACCCGAUUUUCCAAAGAGCGGGUGUCCUGGCCACCUCUGGGAGCAUGGGGCCCUUGUCAUUCGCGUUGAGCUUCGGAGGAAACCCGCUGAGGUGCAACUGUGAGCUGCUCUGGCUGCGGAGGUUGCGCAGGGAGGACGAUCUGGAGACCUGUGCCUCACCGCAGCACCUCGCUGGACGCUAUUUCUGGACUGUUUCAGAGGAGGAGUUCCUGUGUGAGCCUCCACUCAUCACCAGGCACUCUCAGGAGCUGCGAGCUCUGGAGGGUCAGAGUGUGACCCUGCGCUGUAAGGCCAGGGGCGACCCCGACCCCAUCAUCCACUGGAUCGCCCCCGACGGACGCCUUAUGUCCAACUCCUCCAGGGCAGCGGUCCACACAGACGGCACGUUGGACAUCCUCAUCAGCACCGUCAAGGACUCGGGUUCCUUCACCUGCGUGGCCUCCAACCCGGCAGGCGAGGCCCAGCAGACGGUGGACCUGGUCAUCGCUAAACUCCCUCAUAUCACCAACAACACAGUAGCAGAGCAGGAGCCCGACCCCGGGUCAUCAGAUAUCGCCACGGUGACCAAGACGGGGGCGGAGGCGGGAGGGUUGCCUCUGGGGAACGCGAAGACGAGCCAGGACAAGAAAGUAGUGAUUGCUGAGGCCACUUCCACCUCGGCCCUGGUCAGGUUUAACUUCCAGAGGAGUAUUCCUGGAAUACGCAUGUUCCAGAUCCAAUAUAAUGGCACCUAUGAUGAUUCACUGGUUUACAGAAUGAUACCCCCGACCAGUAAGAGCAUCCUGGUAAACAACCUGGCGGCUGGAACGCAGUACGACCUGUGUGUGCUGGCCAUCUACGAUGACCAGGUGACCUCGCUGACCGCCACCAGGGUGAUUGGUUGCAUCCACUUCACCACAGAUCCGCAGUACCUGAGAUGCCAUUUCAUGCAGUCCCAGUUUCUUGGCGGCACCAUCGUGGUUAUCAUUGGAGGGAUUAUCGUGGCCUCUGUGCUCGCUUUUAUCAUCUUCCUCAUUGUGCGCUACCGGGUGUGUAACCAAGGAGAUGCAGAUAAGGCUCUGGAGAUGGGGGAUAUUCGGUCACUGAGCAGUGAUGGACAGCUACAGGGCUGUGGGAUCCCCAAGUCCCUCUCCAAGCAGGUCCUGCGUCCAGAGAAGAACGACAAGGAGUGCCUCAGAAUUAACCUGCCACCGCCGGAGCCAGCCAUGCAGCGACCGCCGGUCGUCGUAGCCAGCACCAAACCCUCCGUCCCUGACUGCACGGUCUCUACCUCCGCCGCCAGCCACAGCUGGCACCCAGCCUCCCCGGGCGCCCCGAGGCCCAAACGUUCCAGCGCUCCACCAAAACCCUCAGAGGCUCGUCGGUCCGAAGCUCAGGCAGACGUCGAGCUCGACAACAUGAACCGGAAUAACUCGUCAGAGGUUAAAAUGACCACCGCCGUCGCUCUGGCCGUUCCUGGCCAGCCCACCAAAUGGACUGCUGUCCCCAGGGGGCCGCGGCCCCAGCAGCCCUCUCGAAAUUACAUGACUGUGCCUGCAGGGGGAGCGAGGGUGAACCGCAGGCACUCCCUCAACGUAGACUCAUAUAGGGAGCACUGCUACGUGGCUUACCCCAAACCGGGGGCCAGCCUGCGCUCCAAGCGGAGCCUGUCGAUGAGCGGGGAGCUGCCGCAGCUGGAGAGCAUGACAAACAUUCGCCGGGCCAGGGACAAGCUCUCCAAGUCUGAGUGGCUUCUGGAGAGCACUUUAUGAUUUGGAGUUUAUGACCUGCGUUCUCUUGUUUUCUUGGAUUGGAUUUGUGGCCCAGUUGUGGAGCAGACAGGGAUUUUAUGCCUUGUUUUGAGCUUUUUGUGCUCUCUAUUGAGGGACCUGUAAGCUUCUCAUAUAUAUAUAUAUAUAUAUGGGGCCAAGGCAGGCACACAGGGUUAUGGGAAACGUUUCACAUUUGUUUUCUACCUUAUAACCUGUCAAAGUCGUCUUUAUAACGACAUUUGAUCAAACUUUGACGAAAAGGCACAACAAUGUAUAAAACAACUUCAUGUACAAAAAUGUUUAGUUGUGUGAGAUGCUGUAUAUCUCAACACAACCAUAAGUGUUCAUGUGGUAUUGAAUGCAGUAACCUGGACAUACUGUAUUAUAACAAAGAGGGUGGGGUUAUUAUACUCGCCGCCUCGUCGCCCGUUACUCAAAGUGGCGGUCUCUGUAGACUUUGAACACGAUUCUUGUCUCCAGCUCUACAGACAGACGGUGACAUGUCUUAAUUACCUUGGUGGCAGUUUUGGAGAGAUUACGAAUGUGCUUUACAUCCCAGAGGUGUUGGAACAGAAUGUAGUAGACAGACAGCACUCCAUCUUUUCAUCCCGACACCCCCCCAGACACAGCACAAUGCAGUACUUUUGUGGCACAAGUCGACUCAGCCUAAUACUGCCCUCCGGUUUGAAUCGAUACAUUUUUAUCACAUAAUUACAUAAAGACUCAACUCUGAUAGGAUUUCUGUCAUGGCUGAUUUGAGCGACAAUUGAACUAACACCCACAGCAUGACAGGUGCGGGAAGUAAUCCGAUAUUAACGCGUGGAUGAGAUCCAGAGGAAACGGUCCAUAUUUCCAUGUUUUUUACUUACUGACGUUAUCAUGUUACGCCGAUGACAUUGUAAAUUAACUUGUCGAUGUAAGAGAAACGAUAAUCACACGUAUGGGAGGACGUCAGCUCUUGAUUUUGCUGUUGUUUCUGUUUGAUGUUUACCAGUAUAAAUAAACCAGUGAUAAAAGGGA